AGCCGGAGACGCCCUACUUCGACCAGGAGUCGUUCAUGGACGCGCACAAUCAGCAGGUCCCUGAGGACGAGAUGGAUGAGGAGACGCCCUACAUGGAGCCGCCAGGAGCCGACAUCGAGGAGGAGACGCCCUACAUGGAGGAGCAGCAGGCCUCGGAGCAGGAGCCACAGACCGCGGAGGAGACGCCGUACCAGGCACCGGCCGCGGAGGAGCACCGACCUGCACCACCUGGGCACGCUGUGCGACGGACAAGGUACAACCCGCUCGACGACCUGCCCGUCAGCAUCCGCAGGAACCUCGAGUCUAGGAGGAUGGCGGCACAGUACGACCCACUUGACGAUGUACCGAGGGUGAUUCGGCAGGAGCUUCGACAGCAGCAGGACGCCAAGAAGCACAGGGUCAACGAGCACAUGAUUAUGGAGCUCUCACUCAAGGAGGCGUCCGAUUUAGAUUUCUCGACUCCAUGCCCGACCAGGUUUAAGCGCGUCGAUCUUGUGGGCAACUCGAGGAGCAAGGAGCUGACGUUCAAGAAUCUCACGGGCGCCAACCAGGUCAAGAUGCGUAAGGAGAUCAUUCCGAAGCUCGAGAAGCGCUUGUACCUUGCCAAGAAGACUGGAGAUGUUGACUACCUGGGCACUCGAGUUCAGAUGACGCGCGAUUUCAUCAACGUGACUCAGGAGAAGGCUAUCAAGGCGAUCGACACGAUACCUAUCCAGCCGAGCCGUCUGAAGACCCCGGACGCGGAGGCGACGCCGGAGGAGAUCAGCAGUUUCAGGGCGACCAACGGCCAGGCGCAGUGGGUUGCCACGCGCUCGAGACCGGACGCGGCCUGCAAGCAGAACAUGGCCGCCCAGAAGAUCAGCAAGCUCAAGGUUAAGGACCUCAUCGACAUGAACAAGUUGGUCAAGGAGCUGAAGGAGAACUCCACGCUGGGCAUUAGGGUCGUCAGGAAUCGGGUCAGGGUCUUGCACGCGCAGCUGCUCUUCUACGGGGACUCCGCAUUUGCGCAUGCCGAGGGCGAACGCUCGCAGUGCGGAUUGGUUGGAGGUCUCACCCACAAGCCCGAGGAGGUAGCCAUUGGGAAGUUCAGCGAGAUGAUACCUCUCACUUGGUGUUCAGGACGGGUGAAGCGAGUUGUUCGGAGUACGCUCAGUGCCGAGGCCUACGCCAUCAGCGAGGCUUCCGAGUACGCCGACUGGUAUCGCCAAGUGCUCACCGAGCUGCGCCUUGCCUCGACUCUCAACGGACCGCCGAAGCUGAAGGAUGUGGAGCGCGAGUCGGUGAAGAUCCCGAUGACGACGCUCACGGACAGCAAGAACUUGGAGGAGACCGUGGAGAAGGACGCCGGAGUUGUCGCCGACAAGAGGCUACGUAUUGUUGUGAGCAUGCUUCGAGAGAGUUCUGGAUUGCCUCAUUCGGUUUUGCGGUGGAUCCCCACGCAUACGAUGGUGGCCGAUGCUCUCACGAAAAUCAUGGAGGCUGGUAUCCUCAUGAGUUUCAUGAGCGGCCGUGAUUACAAGUUUACUGCGCCGACGCCGAGGGCCAAGAAACUCAUCCAGAUGCUCACGAUGGUCUCUCUUUCAAAGGGCGCCGCUGGAUACGAGCAUGUACCGAAGUACGAGGUCAGUUGCACAGAGUUCGCUGUGGACACUUUUGAGUAUUCUGAGCAGUGGAUAUUUUCUUGGAUGAUGUGGUUUCGAGGUGCUGUGUGUGGAUUUGGUUUUACUUUGGCUAUAUUUCUUAUCAUUUUGAUUUUCAUGAGGUUCAAGGGUGUGUUGACGAUCGCCCGGGACGAGGAGAUUCUCGUGCCAGUCGAUACCGAGAUUGUAUCAGUGAAGCCGAAGACCGGACCCAAGGGCAUGAAGGUGAGAGAUGUGAUGACCAUGUCGCAGACGACUUAUGUCAGGAGCCACAGGCAUGUGGCGGUGAACAAUUAUGAGGGAGAUGUAUUCACUGGGACAACCUACACACGGAAGUGA